AUGUACAUUGAGGCCCUGGAGAUCCUCGGCGCCGCGCCCGGGCAGGACCUGGAGCCCGCGGAGCUGCGGCGCGCCUUCCGCGCCCGCGCCGCGGCGGCGCACCCCGACGGCGGCGGCAGUGCCGAGGCCUUCCAGAGGCUGCGGCGGGCGUACGCGCUGCUGCGCCGCGGCGGCGCCUCCCCCGCGGAGCGCGCGGGCGCGGCGGCCGCGGCCGCCGCGGCCGCCAGGAGGCUGGAGCGGCAGUGGGAGCGCUGGGAGCAGGAGGUCGAGAGCUUCGGGCAGCUCGCGGGCGAGGGGGACGUGCUGUACUGGCGGCCCGAGCGCGCCGAGCCCUGGCGCCUCGCCGUGGUGCUCGCGGUGCAGGUCGUGCACGAGCCGGCCAGCGGGCCGCACGGCUGGAUCUACCUGCAGCCGCUGGUGGAGGACGAGGGGGAGCCGGGCGUCUUCUUCGCGGACGAGUGGGCAGACAUGGAGCAGGUCGAGCCCCUGAGCCCCGACGGCGUGCACUGGUGCCCCGCCGAGGUCGCGGGGCGCCCGGGCGAGGGCCGGUGGCGCCUCGGCCCGCGGCCCGCGCACCUGCCGCCGUGCGCCGCGCGGGAGGAGCACCACCACUGA